GUGCGCUCUCCUGGACUUGGCUUCGGUGAGAUCGCAGACUAAAAUUCUUAAAACUAAGUGACCAAUGGUUACCCUCAGCAGCACACUGGUCAAAGCUGUCCACUGAGGCCUACCAACAAAACCCAAAACUCCAAAAAUGACCAGAAAUAACGGCUUCCACAGCGAUAGUGGUCACUAAACCAUCGCUGAGUUCUGCCAAUCAUAAUAACAAAAACUGAUCUCUUACACCUAGUCCAUAGUCCCUAUUUUGGAGCGCUAGCAUUUCAGCUAGACCUCUGCACUCCACAUGGAAGUCUCAUAGGGUCAGGCAAGCAUCCUGACAUCAGAUACAACCGGGUGGCAAUUACUUGAGCCCCAUUCCACGGUUGCUCCGACUUUUCCACACACUCAAUAAACCAAAAACUGAAAAUUCCAAAACUCAAACUUUAUCUUUUACCAUACUCUAAUCUCAACCCAUAUCCCAUAAUAAAUUUCUCAUAUAAAUUUUCUGUAGCCAAACGUUACUCCAUAUUUUAUUCUUAGACUAUAUUUUGAUCACCAAAAAAAAACUGUAUAAAAAUCGCAAUUUACUGUAGCUAAAUUCUGAAUCUUGAGUUACCAUGCUCGGUUAUGCCCCAAAAUCAGUUGGUGCUUGUGACGUCAACUCAAUCCAAGCCUCGUCCAAAAAAAUAACGUCACAAUAUAUAGAUGUAGUCAAAGUACACGCAGGAAUUUCAUUUUAUCUAGACAUACCAAUAAAACAAUUCAUAUAUAUUACCAGUUGCAAUCAAGUUAUAAGUGAUAUAUAUAUUUUAUACUGCGUAUAACCGAAAAUUUUUUUUACGGCUGAUCUAUAACGUCGUAAUUGUUGAAUUAUUGGUUUUUGUUUUAUAUUAAAAUAAAAAAUAACUGUAAAAUGGUCCGAGCUUGGUACAUGGACGAUAGUUGCAGCGAUCAACGUUUAGAACAUCAUAGAAUACCUCCGAAGUAUGUUUCUUCAUCUGAAUUGUUGAAAUUCAUUAGAGUAGAACUUUAUAAGAUUGAUCCACAAAAAUAUGAGACAGAUAAAAUUUUACAAGAAUUAAGAUCAGAAAGGGGUUUAACAUAUAAGGAUGAGUUUGAGACUUCUCAAGAAACUUUGGCUGAUUAUGAAAAAGAAUUAAAAACUUUUUUUACUGAACAUCUUCAUGAUCAUGAAGAAAUUCGUUUAGUAUUAAACGGAUCAGGAUACUUUGAUGUUCGAGAUAAAAAUGAUGAAUGGAUUAGAAUCGAAGUUAAAUCUGGAGAUUUAAUUAUUACCCCCAGUGGAGUAUAUCACCGAUUCACGCUUGAUAUAAAUAAUUAUAUAAAAGCUAAGCGUUAUUUUGUUGGCGCACCCGUAUGGACGUCAUAUAAUAGACCUGCUGAUGAAAUGGAGUGUCGUCAAAAGUAUCUUGACCGUUUUAAAAAUAAUUUUACCACAAGUGAUCAAAAAAAUUAAAUCGUAAAGAUAUUUUUUUAUAAAAAUAUUAAAAAUUAUCAUGGUACAUAACUUUUGAUACUAUAUUUUUUUAUUAUUGAUUUGUUAUUUUGUAAAAUGUUAUGUAUAACUAUAAAACUUGUAAAAAUUAAAAUUAUUAAAGGGAUUGGUACUCUUGAAAAAAGAAGAUUGACAUUUCAAAGCUCUACUUUAAAUAAUUAUUGAGGUAACAAAAUAGUACAUUGUGUGACAGGAAAUGAAGCAAGACGAUUUCUGACUAGGGUGACAUCACCCGCAGUCUGAAAUCGCGUUUCAUCCUGAGUCACGCAUCAUAUUUUUCAUGAUUACCUUCAUCAGAACGUCAAGUUCCAAUGUCAGCAGUCCGUAAGAAACAAGUUAAUUUAAAACCGAUGAUGCAGAGAACUGUUAAAGAAUGAGAAAUUUGUGAUUUACAGUCACUUAUUAAAUAAUAAAUAAGACAAAAAUAUUAUUUUCACUCAUUUUUUGGUAAUUUUAUUUGGUUAAUUAAAAGUGUCACUUAAAUAAUUAAAUGAGUAAACUAAAUUGACGAGCAAAUAAAUGAGAGUG